AUUGUAAUCAAUUGUGCACCCUCUGGGCAGUGGAUAUUGCUGGCUCAGCAAGGCAUGUACACAAAGAUGAGUUACUUGUACAGUUAGAAAAAUCAGGGCAUUCCUUAUUCUUAAUGGAACAUCAACAUAAGUUGCUGGUUGUACAUUUUGGGGACUAUUCUUAUGAAGCUCUGACUACUCCAUCUGAAAUCACAGCUAAAGAGAUUUUAAAAAUGGACGAAGUUUCCAGCAAGUUACGAAAAUUAAGUUGCUUUGAUCCUAGCUUGUUUCUUUGCUAUGACAAUGGAAAAGAAGUUCAGUUUUGUAUGAACGAUAAUCCUUUGAACUAUACGGAACAUGGAAAGAUAGUCGCAAGAAGCAAGAGAGUUCGAGUGAAAAGCCUAAAAAAGACGGAUUACCGAGCGAUCGCUGAAAUACGUUGGACUGAGUUUGAAAAACAUCGGCAAAGACAAAAAGCGACUCAAGCAGCAAAGGAAUGCUUAUCGGAGCAAAUCAAACUCUCGUCGAACGUUGAUAAGGAAUUGUGUUUUGUUGAAGACCAUUUUGCUGCGAGUGAUUGUAGACCCAGCCGUCGAACAGCAGUUGAGAAGUAUUCUCGUGCGAAAAUCUUACCUAAAACAUCUAGUUUUGCUAACGAUAAUGUUGGUUCGUCAGUCUCUUCAAUUCCUUGUGAGACGGCGAAUGCUCGGGAAAAUAAAAAUAUAAUUUAUGAUUUGAAAGAAGAGGAGAAGACGCCGAACACCUUUACUUCAGAUGCGCAAUACAUUGACAAUUCAUGCGAUGAGAUUGCCCAUGCGUCUAACAACGGGAAACUGGUUGUUUCUGAACCAAAUGUUCAUAAAUCAUGUUCAAAUAUCUCAAACGAUAGCGAGGAGAAAAGAAACUGUCUUGAUGACAAGAGUUCAAAUGUCAUUGCCACACGAUGUGGGUCAGAAAGUACGAUCCAAAGCUCUGAGCAUGACUUGAAGGACGAAGACAAUGAAGACCGUACUUGUGAUGUCACUAAUCAUAAUGUCACUAGUGAUGUAGCCCCGCCACCGACGAUUGACGAAACGUCCUUCAAGUCAUGCGACUUGAAGGACGAAAACAAUGAAGACCGUACUUGUGAUGUCACUAAUCAUGAUGUCACUAGUGACGUAGCCCCGACGAGUGACGAAACUGUAAUUUGUAAAAAUUACAUGAACUGUAAUGUAAACAAAAACGAGGAAAGCUCCUUUCUUGAUGAUGGCAGUACAACUGACAUUAAUAAUGACCGUAUUUCCCGUAAGGCCGAAUCUAGCAUCAAUAUUCCUUGUUCUGCCACGUCUUGUGCAGGCUCACGUGAUCUCUUGGGGCAUCGUGUAGAGCGCUCCGUAUCUGUGCAACCAGUUUUGAAAGAUCAAGGAUUACUUAGGGAUGAGACCCUUGGACUGCAAAGAGGAAUGCGGCGUUGCGUAUCGGAUUUAAACGUACGUUACUCGUACACGUGUGCUGCGAACUGCGCAGACUCAAUAGACGAUAACACUGCUUCUUCAAUUGGUUCAAAAGUUAUGUCGGAAUCAGAUCUUGUAGAUAUAGACGAUGUGCUACGAGUCACUGACAUCCAUCUGCCAAAAGUUUGUGAUGAAGAAGUUAUAUUUGCUAUACCUGAAUGUGACAAGUUUACCGGACCCACGUGGACAUUUUCUAAGCGCGUUGAGAAAUGCGUGAGGAAAAUACUCGAUGUGAAACUUGAUUAUUCUAAAGUGGAAACAUUGAUAGCUGACGAGCUCUGCUUGAUACUGUAUGAAUUGAUGGAACAUGGUCUAAAAAAGACGAUUUUUGGUCUUUCCUUGUUUUCAAUUGGUGCCAAUGUGUGGGUUGUCUGUCAAACUGUGUGCAAGGUAAGCAAUGUGGGUUUGAAAACAAUCGAAGGGAUAAAAGAGGGCAGUUUGAGACAGAAAUUUCAUCUCUUCAUUCGGGAAUGCAUUCGCUGUAAAAGUUUGAGUCGUUGGUUUGAGGUAUUGUCGAGUGAAAUAGUUCAAAAACAAAUCAUGAAGUAUUACGAAACUAGUGCCGCUGUUUUAGAGCCCGAACAUUCUAAAGCAAUGGAGCACAUGAAAAUAUACCUAGAUGCUUUAAAUGAUUUAAAUCUAAAAAAACUCAAAUUGCCGAACAUACGCCAUAGGGAACAACAAACAUUCUUGGUUAGCAUCGAGUGAUAUGCCAGAGUGCUUUUUAUCGAUCGUUUUUAUACGUAUGAUGUUUUUAUAAAAGUUCAGAACUUGCAAUGCAAUUCAAAUUUAUCUUUUAAGGAGACUUGAAUUUAGUACGUUUUUCAACUUGCGUAAAAACUUUCAAGACAUACUAAAUUGUUUAUGUUGUGCAAAAGUCGUAUUUUAUUGCUCUUAUGAUUUUCUUGCUGUUUUUUUCAAUGUCGUUUUAAAUUCAUUCUGUCCAGUUUUAAAUAAAUUUGUAAACGUCUAUACGUAUAGAAAUGUCUAUUGUAUAUAAAAUUGGCCAUUAUGAUUUAUGUAACAAACUAAACUUUGAAAAAAGUUUUGUUUUGCUCGUGUUUUUCGAUAUCAAGUACAGUCUGGGGUGGUUAUUUUAUAAAUGCAACUUUUUUAUUUAUUUAGUGAUUAUAUCCUUAUAGGUCGAGUAACUUUUACGCUUAAAAUAUUUAAAAAGAGUAGACUUAAAGUAAUGAUUACACACUUCCAUUUUA